AUUUCUUCUCCUCUACCAAUUGCAAAACCCCUUCACUGCUUCCUUCUCCUGCUUUGCUUGACCCAGCUCUUGAUCUCUCCCCAUUUUGAGAUCAGUCUCGCCACCCACCCACCAUGAUCAAGACACUCAGUCCUUACUCUACCACAGCAAAAACUGCUGAAAUUAUGUCUAGGUACAGGCCCAUAGCGCCUAAGCCUGAAGGUCCUUCUAACUCCUUUGGCGAGAGCUCAUCUAUGUCUCAGAAGAUCAGCCAAUCUCCUUACCUCAGGAAUCUCUGGCCACAAUUGCAAGCCAGGCCUACCAGAACCAGGAAGAGAGGUAGAGCUGCCAUAUCUCCACCCACCAUCAAAAGACCGAGAACGCAUGUUCUUGGUCUUUCCUCUACCAGUCAUGUAAUAUCCCCCGCCAGGCAUCUGUCUUUACAGGGUUUUGCUCACGGGCUUUCUCAGCUUUCUGUUCCAAGCCUUGUUGGUGUUAGUAGCAGCUUGAAUAAUCCAGUCACAACCAAUUCAGAUUUGGUUACACUCUCUCUUCUUCCAUGUCAACCACCGGUUCCAGUUGUUGAUAACCAAGUAACAGCACCUGAAAUCAGUUGCAUGGAGGCACGUAGACAGGUGAUCAUAGAUUUGAACACUGUGGCUGAGAUCCCGGAAGAGAAGGAUUUCUUGCAGCAACUACAAGAACCACCAACCAAUAACGUCAUAGCACCUCAGCCAAUUCGACCAGUUGGCUCAAGCAUAAGCGUUGGGUGCGUUAGUGAGGACACAAACUCAACCCCACAAGUGCAAGUUCCAAAGAAGCCAGAGGAAGUUGAGGAAGAGAUCGAGUGUGAGGCCCUGCCAACAGUGAUAUGUGAUUCCAACUACAAAGUGAGGCUGGCAAAUUCUGCCUAUAAAGAAAUGGUGGGCCAGCCAGAAUGCCCUUGGCUCGACUCGAUGGUGGCAGGUGAUGGCAGAUUUGGGGGCAACUCAUGCAAGAGAAUAUGCGGAGAGGUGAUACUUCAUCUUGCUGAUUCAAGAGUGCCAUCUUCAUCAAAUAAGUUUUCUUGCUGGGUGAAUAUAGAAUGGGGGCAUGAGGGGAAGAAAACAGCAGCCACUGCUUUCUGUGAUGUUAUCAGAUUGUCCUGCGAGUCCAAGGAUUACCUCUUCGCUUGGAGGUUCCACACCCAUUCUAGGGAGGGUUCUCAGUCCAGUACCAAGGCCUAAACAUUGGUUUCCGAAUACUUUUAAAUGUUAGUAUAUUACUAUAAAAGGCAUCUUACCUACCGCGUAUACAUAGGAAGACAUCAAGUAUAUGUAUAGUUUUUGGUAGCUUUUCAGUUAAAAUCAAUAUGUUUAGAGGAUA